AUGAAGUUUAACCCAGAGAAGUGUGUAUUUGGUAUAGCUUCAGGAAAGUUUCUAGGUUUCAUGAUCACUCAUCGGGGGAUUGAGGCUAACCCCCACAAAAUUCAGGCUCUAGCAGCAAUGGAAACACCAAGGACCAAGAAAGAGGUUCAAAAGUUGACAGGCAGGGUAGCCGCCUUAAACAGGUUCAUGUCCCGAGCAGCAGAUAGGUGCUUCCCCUUCUUCAAAGCCCUUAGGGAUAACCAUUGCUCUGAAUGGAAUGAGGAGUGUGGGAAGGCUUUUCAAGAGCUCAAGCAGACAUUCGAAUCUCUUCCUUUCCUCACCAAACCCGAGCCCGGAGAUACUCGGUAUUUGUACUUAGCCGUAUCUCAGAAUGCAGUGAGUGGUGUCUUGGUGAAAGAGGUUAACAGGGGCCAGCAACCCAUUUAUUACCCUCUAAAACACAUUCUUCAGAAACCAGACGUCUCAGGAAGAUUACUAAGGUGGGCAAUUGAACUCAGAGAAUUUGAUAUAGAGUUCAAGCCCCGUCCAUCUAUUAAAGCUCAGGCCUUAGCUGACUUCAUUACAGAACUCACUCCAAGGCCUCGGGGGCCAGAUAGUAGCUUGAGCUCGAGCAUAACUGCGUGGGAAAUUUUCGUAGAUGGAGCAUCGAACUCCUCGGGCUCGGGCGCAGGGGUCAUAAUCAUAAGUCCGGACAUGCUCAUAAACAUUCAGUGUGCACUAAGGUUCGAAUUUGAGGCGACCAAUAAUGAAGCUGAGUAUGAGGCCGUCAUCAUAGCUAUGGAACUCGCCAUAAAUCUCGAGCUUGAAACUAUCAAAAUUUAUAGUGAUUCCCAGCUGAUGGUUGAGCAAAUCGAAGGGACGUUCGAUAGAAAGGAUGAGAAGAUGAGAUUAUACUGCUUGAAAGUGCAUGAUCUCCAGAGAAAGUUCAAGAGUUGUGAAAUUGUAAAAAUUUCUCGGGCUGAGAAUUGUAGGGUAGAUGCGUUGUCAAGAUUGGUGUUCAUGGGAAUAGAUGGGCUUGACAGGACAGUCCACGUCAGAAUUGUAACCGAGCCAAGCAUCAAUCAGAUCGUAGGCGUCAUGGAUAUUGAUAAUGAGCCAUCAUGGAUGGACCCAAUAGUGGACUUCAUAAAAUAUGACAGUCUUCCAGCAGAUCCUCGGGCAGCGAGAAGCAUCCGAUCUAAAGCUCCGAGGUAUUGCAUGAUUGAAGGUGUUUUAUUUCGCAGGAGCCUCACACUUCCGUACCUCAGAUGCCUUAGGCCUUCCGAAUCAUCCCAGGCCCUAGAAGAAGUUCAUGAAGGUGUAUAUGGGAACCAUCAAGGAGCUCGGGCUUUAGCCUUCAAACUCAUAAGGUAUGGAUAUUAUUGGUCAACCAUGAAGAAAGACGCCCAGGAAUAUGUCAAGAAGUGUGAUAAGUGCCAAAGAUUUGGCAAUGUCAUCCACUCUCCCGCAGAAGACCUCACUAGCAUUAGUUGCACAGCCCCAUUUGAGCAGUGGGAAAUUGACAUCCUUGGUCCCUUUCCAAUAAGUAGGGGACAAUUGAAGUUUGUGGCUGUGGCUGUAGAGUAUUUCACUAAGUGGGUAGAGGCCGAGCCUUUAGCAACAAUUUCAGAGCCGAAGUUAAGAAGGGUUGAUCACCGUUUGACGUCGGUUUCCCAUCCUCAAAGUAAUGGUCUCGUCGAAGUGACCAAUCAGAUUAUAUUGCAAGACCUCCAUACAAGGAUCGGUGAUGCAAGAGGUUCCUGGUCUGACGAGUUGCCUUCCAUACUUUGGACGUAUAGAACGUCACACAAAACUACUACAGGGGAAACCCCCUUCAUGUUGGCUUUUGGAAUUGAUGCCACCAUCCCUGUUGAAGUCAGGUUGCCCAGCCAAAGAAGGCUCGAGCCCGAAGAUGCAGGGCACACAACUGAACACCUCGACCUCUUGGAAGAAGUUCGUGAUCGGGUAGCUUUAAAAAUGACCUCCUACCAGGAUAAAAUAGCAAAGUACUUCAAUAAAAAAGUAAGGACGUGGAGAUUUAGAGCCGGAGACCUUGUGUUAAGAAGGGUUGAAGCAGCAGGUCAUGCCUCAGGCAAGCUAGGACCAGUUUGGGAAGGGCCCUUCGAAGUCAUACGACAACUCCGAGGUGCAUACAGUUUAAGAGAUACGUCAAGAAGGCCGCUUCCAAGACCACGGAACGUCGAGAAUUUAAAGCUAUAUUAUAAGUAA